CAUUUGCAGGAACGGCCACUCCCUUCUGGCACGAUGACAAAAACACAAAAGCAGCUCUUCGUUUUCAUUACUGAGUUCUUUGCUACAAGUGAAUUCCAGACGGGAAUCCUGCUGCUUGAAACAAACAAGAAACCAUCAUGGAGGAAAAAAUAAAUACCACACAAAGACCAACAACAGAAAACUAUGAUGAAUACGGAGACACCACCUUUGACUAUAGUAAUUAUGAAGAACUGUGUGAGAAAAAGGGAGUUCGCCAGUUCGCACAGAUUUUCCUCCCUGCUUUCUACGCUGUGGCAUUUGUGAUAGGGGUUGCUGGGAAUUCUCUGGUGGUUGCCAUAUAUGCUUAUUACAAGAAGAUGAAAAGCAAGACUGACGUAUAUCUUCUUAAUCUGGCAGUAGCUGACCUCUUACUGCUGUUUACACUACCUUUCUGGGCUACUGAUGCUGCUGUAGGGUGGCAGUUUGGCAUCUUUAUGUGCAAGAUAACUUCUGCAAUGUAUACUAUUAAUUUCAGCUCAGGGAUGCAGUUCCUGGCUUGUAUUAGCCUAGACAGAUAUUUUGCUGUAACCAAGGCUCCGAAUCCACAACCUAUUAGAAAGAUUUGUUGGGUAACCUGUCUCUUUGUCUGGAGUACUUCUAUGCUGUUGAGCAUUCCUGAUUUAUAUUUCAGCACAGUGAAGGAACAUAACAACAAGCAUGCAUGCCUUCCAGUAUACCCUAAAGAUACAAUAAAGCAAACAACUGUCUUAAUCCAGAUUCUGGAGAUAGUGUUUUGCUUUUUGCUGCCAUUUCUUGUCAUGCUAUUUUGCUAUGCAUCAAUGGCAAAAAUUGUUCUACAAACUCCUAAUAUUAAAAGAUCAAGAUCUCUAAAGGUACUGUUGGCGGUGGUUGGUGUCUUCCUCAUAACUCAGCUACCAUAUAAUGUAAUCAAAUUCUGGAGGGCUAUAGAUAUUAUAUAUGCCUUAAUAACUAGUUGCAGCAUGAGCAGAACCAUUGAUAUUAUGAUUCAGGUGACUGAAAGUUUGGCCUUGUUUCAUUCAUGUCUGAAUCCCAUAUUAUAUGCCUUUAUGGGAACAACAUUUAAAUCUUACAUUUCAAAGAUUGCAAAAAGGUAUGGGGCAUUAAGAAGACAAAGAAUUCAAAGCACUGAAGAGUAUGCCAUGCAUUCAGAAAACCAUGUUGAAGAAACCAGCAGCUUUUCCAUCUAGUCCAACUAGUCCAUCUACAGUGUAUUCCAAAAAGACUGAAUGAUUUGCACAAUUUGCAAAAUGCUGUUCUCUCAUAUGUAUGAUAUGCAAAUACGGGGGGGGGGGGUAAAAUUUCCUGGUCAUUAUAUUUGUAAAGGAAUUGUAAAUAUUGUUUUUGUCAUUUUUAUAAUUAAAAGUUUUCUCUGGUUAAAACAAAUCUA